UUGUCUGUUCAUCUCUCUCUCUCUCUUCUUCUUCCCCGUUUUCGUUUUUUUGGUUUAUUCUCUUUUGAUUAUUUUAAUAUUAUCACAUGAACUCGAAACUGAAAUUAGGAGGACUGUAUUUUCGGUUUUGUUCCUGAAAUUUCUCGGAAAACAAAGAAGUGUGACGAUUCCUUCUAGGGUGCCACUUGCUAAAAAGGAAGAAAAAAAAAUGUCCAAUUACCAAAGAGAUGCUGCUGCAGAGUACAUGGAAGAAGAUGUAAAUGAUCAUGAGAUGCAAGAUGUGGAAGAUGAUAAUGAUAUGGAUGAUGAGUUUCGUGGUGGUGAUGCAUCAGAUUCUGACGUUGAGGAGUUUGACUACUCUAAUAAUAAAGUAGCUGAUACAUCGGCAGAACAAGCUCGGAAAGGGAAAGAUAUCCAGGGGAUUCCUUGGGAUAGGCUUAGUAUCUCUAGAGAUAAAUACAGACAAACUAGGUUGCAACAGUAUAAAAAUUAUGAAAACGUUCCUAAUUCAGGAGAAUCAUCUGAAAAAGUUUGCAAUGUCACACAGAAAGGGGCACAGUUCUAUGACUUCUGGCGUAAUUCAAGAUCUAUCAAAUCUACUAUCCUUCAUUUCCAGUUGAGGAACUUGGUGUGGGCAACAUCCAAGCACGACGUGUAUCUUAUGUCUAAUUUCCUGUUAACGCAUUAUUCUUCUCUAACAUCUGAAAAGAAGGAAGUUCUCAAUGUUCGUGGUCAUGUUGCACCAUCUGAGAAACAUCCUGGAAGUUUGCUGGAAGGAUUUACACAGACUCAAGUGAGUACACUUGCUGUAAAAGACGACUUUCUUGUUGCUGGUGGAUUUCAAGGAGAGCUUAUCUGCAAGCAUCUUGAUAGACCGGGUGUCAGCUUUUGCUCUCGUACCACUUACGAUGAUAAUGCUAUUACCAAUGCUAUUGAGAUCUACAACAACCCCAGUGGUGCCCUUCAUUUUACUGCCUCGAAUAAUGACUGUGGAGUUAGAGACUUUGACAUGGAGAGAUACCAGCUUGUUAAGCAUUUUUCUUUUCCUUGGCCAGUGAAUCACACAUCUUUGAGUCCUAAUGGUAAACUACUGGCUAUUGUUGGGGACAAUCCAGAAGGCCUUAUAGUAGAUCCCAACACAGGAAAGACACUGGAAACACUAUCAGGACAUUUUGACUAUUCCUUUGCCUCUGCAUGGCAUCCUGAUGGAAUCACUUUCUCAACUGGAAACCAAGACAAGACAUGCCGUGUAUGGGAUAUCCGCAACCUAUCUCACUCCGUUGCUGUCUUGAAAGGUAACCUUGGAGCAAUCCGGUCAAUCCGCUACACAUCUGAUGGGAAAUACAUGGCCAUGGCAGAACCAGCAGACUUUGUGCAUGUCUAUGGCGUCUCAAAGGGGUAUGAAACAGAGCAGGAGAUAGACUUCUUUGGGGAGAUUUCUGGAAUAUCUUUCAGCCCUGACACAGAGGCGCUCUUCAUUGGGGUAUGGGACCGUACUUAUGGUAGCCUCCUUGAGUAUCAUCGGCGCAGGAACUUUUCAUAUCUUGAUUCGUUUCUUUAAGCAAGAAGAGAAGUAUACACAACCCGUCCCGUUCCAACGAAUAAAAGAGAGCUCAUACAGCAACAGAUGCAAGAAGCAUAGAUAUAGUGGAUGUCUUAAAAGGUGUAAAUGAUGUGUUGUGCAAAUGCUAUGUAGUUAUUGUCUUUUGUUUCCUUUGCCGGCGGCUUGUGUGUUGUUUCCUUAGGUCUGGUCUUCUGAAGGUUCAAGAUGUGUACAGUAAAUAGUGUUGGUUAGUUGUUUCACUUUUGAAAACAUCAAUGAAGUGUCUCACAAAAUAUUUGUUUUCUGAACGCAUUCUUGCCAAAUAUAACAUGUAAGCAUCAAAAUCAUUCAUUCCAUUAUUAAUUCGUUAUCAAACAUAGCUGAGA